AUGACAGCCUUUAUUAACGCACCCUUGGCAUUCUACAACGUGAUAAUUACUACUGACGUUUUCAUCUACUCUUUAUAUCAACUCUUCAAAGGCAUUUUUGACAUUGCCAAUAAAGGCAUCCUUAUAUCAGAUAAGAGAUCAAUAAAUUCCAAAAAUUAUAUCCUUCUCUAUUUACCGGUACUAUCAUCACGUAUAUUAAAAUUAAAACAUAUAUUAAAAAACCAGUUGGCAGGCUACCUCCUUGUGUCAUGCUCUGCGGUGACAACUGUAAUGAUCAAUCAAGUGUUGUUAUCAGGAAAUACAUCACUCAAGAGAGCUGCAACAGCUUCUAUUUGCAUGUCGGUUGCUGCAUUCUUGACGACUGCAGUUUGUGCGAUUCUAUCGGGAUACAAGCUGAGCAAAAGAGUCAUGUGGUGAUGCAUUGAAGUUUAUUGUAUUUUCUAUCUUUUUUUCUUGGUUCUGUCUAUUACUUCAUGUUCAUAACCUCGGCAGACUCAAAUGUGUGUACAUGAAGGCUUGAACUCAAAUGUAGUAACCAAUGACCUGUAUGAAC